AUGCUCGGCUUCGGGCCACGUUUCGCGUGUCGGUGUGCCCAGUUUCUUGAAUAUGUCCAGGAUCAACCCCAGCUGGUUGCCGUCCUCGUGUGCCGCCCGGGACCGAAACAGCGGCUCGCGUGGUGGCCGGCGAGCGCAUUGACCGAGCAGGGCACCUGCCGCCCAAAUGUCGACCGCCGUCCCGUAGGCCUCGUUGGUAAAGAGAGUCUCGGGUGCGCGGUAGGAGCCUGUGCCGAUGUCGAGACACUUCUUGUCCGCAGGCUCGUCUGGCAGGGACAGCUCGGGGUGCCAUGCGGUGCCAAAGUCGGACAGGAACACCGGCCCGUCCAGCCGCUCCAAGAGAAUGGACGACGGCUUGAUGUCGCGAUGGAUGAUGCCGAGGCUGUGGACGUGUUUGAGGGCAGAGAAGAGGUCGGUAAAGUAGUUCAAAACACGGUCGCGGGUCAAAUGGUGGAUGCGCAUAAUCUCGGCUUCGCGCUCAAUACUAUGCGGCUGCAAGUCGCCGUCGUGCCUCCAGACUUUGAGAGCAUAUAA